GAACUCAUCGCUGACCACGACGACAAGAUCUAGUGGUUGCGAUCCUCACGAGGUCCGUACUUGCUAUGCGACCUCUCAACUUCUCAGGCUCAUGCGCCAUUCGUCUCUCUCUUCUCUUUCUCUGUCACUAGAAUGGCUUGGAAUUCUGGUUACCCACCGCCGCCAAGGCGCUCUCGUUCGAGGUCUCCUGGACGUGCCCCGUAUCCCUCAUACGAGGACACCUAUAGAGACUCGCUUCGCGACUGGGACCCGUAUGGUCGUGACCGGAACGGAUAUGGCUCGUGGGAACGAGACCGCGCUCAAUAUGAAUACCGCAGAGGGCGUAGUCGGAGUCCAGGUCCAGAGAUGAGCCGCAAGCGCCCACGCUCUGGAUCCCCGUACGACCGUGACCGCUAUGAUCCUCGGCCACGAUAUGAUGACUACGAUGGACAUCGCCCGUCUGGCUACUCUCCGCCUCGUCGUGCUCCCCAUCGUCGAGUUCCUCCUGACCCUCAUACAUUUGACUAUCCUGCCUCUCUCAAACAAUUUGCCGACUGGUUCCGCUAUAACCACCCUCAAAUGGCUGCGGAGGAAGACAAUGCCGACAAGGCUGCUGAACAAGAGGCUGGUGACGGCUCGAAACCUCGAAACGGAAUCAAAACGCGAUGGGAGAACUACAAGAAGAGCUUUGCUGCAAACCAGCUUCAGAUCCUGUUUGACCAUCACCGAAAAUCUCCUUGGUUCAAUGAGAAAUAUGAUCCAACGGAGGAGUUCCAAACGCUCCGGAAGAGGGUCAGGAAAGAAGGAUGGAAGGACAGGACGAGCAACUUCUUGCUGGACUUGGAUGCUGGCAAAUUUGAUCCUGAAUUCACUGAGCCUGAGCCGGAGUUACCUGCCAAGGUGAACGGCGGGGAGAGCGCACCGGACGCUACCAAUGGUGAUUCAGGCAUCGGCGAUUCGACUGAAGAACCUCGGAAUGUGGGGGAGGAGGAUGACAUCCAGUUCAACAUGACCGUUGAAGAAGAACCCACCGAUGCUGACGCUACAAGAGGUGAUGUUAAUGGCAAGAGCUCCUACAAUGACCGCAGAGCGGAUCGUGGCGAUGAAGUCUCUGUGAUGCCUGAGGGAGUUCAAGUUAUGAUACGAACCAUUCCUCCUGAUAUUGGUCGUGUAAAAUUGGAAGAUGCUUGUUGCAAGGUCCCAGGAUUCGUUCAUCUUGCUCUCGGAGACCCUUUGCAAAAGCGCAAUUACUAUCGCGCUGGCUGGAUCCGGUUCAAAGACGAUGUUGAUAUCACUUCGGCGAUCAAUGAUCUGACCGAGAAGAAGAUCGAGGGCUUCAAGUUACACGUUUCUCACAUCCUCAAACCUUUUACCAACCGUGUCCGGUAUGCUCCGGAAGUUGCUAGUCGACCUGAGCGGCUGGAGAAGGAUCUUACCAAUGCCCGAACGCUUGCUCAAAAACUGGAGCGAGAAGCAUCUGAGCUUCGGGCGUGGAAACGUCCUGUUAAGGACGAUGAAGAUGCACCCAUGGAAGCUGAGGAUGAGGAAGAACCCCGAGAACGGGGUUGUGACGCUGUCGAGGCUCGCAUUGAGAAAGUCAUGUCUGAGCUCGCGCAACAAGGGCUUGUCGACCCGAGCGAUCAGGCAGCAUAUGAAAGCAAAAAGACGGUCGUAUCGCUGGAUCUCUAUCUCGCGCUGCUGCGUGCUGCGUUCAACACGUGCUAUUACUGUGCUGUUGUGACCGACCAUUUGGAAGAGCUGCAGCGUAAAUGUAUCAAGCACGAACGAAAGCCCCUGUCCAAGUUGAUGAUGGACGAUAUCAAAACUGAAGGAGGAGUCAGGUCCAAGGAUAAGACCGACGAGACCAUGGACGAAGAUGAUAAGGAUGGUGUCAAGAGCGCACCCAAGGAUAAGGAUUGGAAGCGGACGGACGAACGAUGGAUCGAGUGGCUGGAUUCCAAAGUGGCGGUACUGAUUAACCCAGAAGCCGUCGAUCCCCGAAACUACGGUGGCAAAAACUUCGAUGACGAGCUCAGCAAAGCUGUUAAAGAGUAUGUCUCCCAAGAGGACGAAGGCAAGUACCGGUGCAAAACAUGCCAGAAGCUCUUCAAAGCCACGUCCUUCGUCGAGAAGCACGUUGCGAAUAAGCACCCUGAAUUGAUCAAAACUCUGGAUGAUAUUCCGUUCUUCAACAAUUUCGUCCUCGAUCCACAUCGUAUACAGCCUUUCAGUCAUCCGCCACCGGUCAGUGCCAUGGGUCCUAAUCAACUGGUGCCUCCUCAGGCCUACGGGCUGCAAGGCACUGGACCCGAGUUCAGGGACUACCGGGACCAGCAGCAAUAUGGCAAAAUGCAUCCUCAUGCCAACAACGGUCAUCAUCAUAACCACCGGCGGGACGAGGGACCCAAUAACCGCCGACUGACUGAUCGACUGGGGGGCUUCGCGGAACUACCCGCUAAACCUGCCGGCCUUGACCAAGCCUUAUCGAGCGGAAAUGGCAAUACACAGGCGCGGAGGAACACUCGUGGUCCGUCGAGUGGUACCGCAGGACCUCCGCCUCCGCCACCGCCGGAUGCAAAAGAGGAUCCUCGAGCUGCUGCUGGGCGCCGCGUCAGCUACCAUGACAUGGAUUUGGUCGCAGAGGGCGACGUUGAACUAUCUUACUAGUAGCCUAUCUCAAAACGCUUGUACACACACAUAAAGAUAGGGCAGUUGACUAUCCCCCCCAAGCUCACCACAUAUCUUGAGACUGUCUGUAAAAUCAGUACUACGCACGCCCCACGUGGAAAGCGGCAUAUCCAGCGAGGUCUCCACAAAUUUCAUUUUGGGUGGUGC